GAAAACGAAUUUUCCCCCUCCACAGGUCAUUCGAAAACGGGGCAAGAAAAUCUGAUCCGUUGAAAUCAUGCCGCCGCCACGUGUCACAACCGCAAGAAAGGAAUAUCCGACGAUCCCAAAUUUUAGGGUUCUUGGGGAAAAUGGCAGUAGAAUGGAUGCUCGUCACUGGCUCGAUCUGGGGCACCACGAAUGCGCUGAUGAAGCGAGGGACCUCGGCGCUGGAUCGCCGGAAUCGGCAGCUCGGCGCGCGUCAAUCGGGUGGAGAUUCGUGGCUAGGCGCGGUUGUAAGAGAUUGGAUCCUCCUCCUGUGCACUUGGGAGUAUAGCUUGCCCCUGGCGAUCAAUCUCUCGGCCUCUCUCGUGUUCUUCGCCAAGCUCUCCGAGAGUCCUCUCUCCCUGGCAGUGCCCAUCACCAAUGCCACCACAUUCGCCGCAACCGCUGUGGCCGGGAGCGCGCUAGGCGAGCGCCUCCGGCUCAAGCAGACCGCGCUGGGAUUGCUUCUCAUCGUCGCAGGGAUCUGGCUGUGCUGCCACAGCGCUAGAGAUUAGCCAUCAACUGGUAAGAAGUAGCGAUCUUACUGUCGAUCUCCAGGCACUUCUCGAAAGCCAGCCUUCCAAGGCUUGGGUUCUUCCA